AUGGCUCAUGGUCAUCACCGUCACUCGCGCAUCGACAAGCUAAUCAGCGCCAGGCGCCGCGCGGCCGUUGAUGAAGAUGCGGGCUCUGAUUUACUUGAGGAUGAUCCAUUUCAACAUCCCAUCCUCCCCGCUGUUAUACUUCCGGAUGAAAGUUGUGACUCGAGAAACUCGUUGUGUCUUGAGCAUGCCGUGAAUGAAUCUGAUCCAUUGCUUGAAAAGCGGGACGAGACGACCUCCGCCGACCCGACUCCUAUUGAGACUGUAUUGCAGAUAGUCGAUGCUAGCUCACACACCCUCUUCCAAUCGACCGGUACUGACUUGCCGAUGACGACAACGGAUUCUACGGAUGCUAGUUAUAUUCCGCCGGGCCCGGGCAGCUUGACUGCGACUGCGACUGCAAGUGCAAGUAUCCCUAUAGACUUAGGGUUAUUGACCUCGCCGACGCCCUCUCCUGCUACCCAGCCAACAUCUUCGUCACUACCCGAAACAUCAGUUUCAAGCAACUCCACGAUCUCAACUCAAACUUCUUUGACCACCACAAACUCCACGAGUCAACUUACAUCAGCAUUAAGACAUACCUCAGCAACAGUCAUCAUAUCGCCUGGAUGGAAUCCGACUCCACGAGUCGGUCCUCCUAGCUCUAUGCCCUCUGUUACGACAACGACAACGUCAAUGUCAACGUCAAUAUCACUGUCACUGUCAACCUCAACCUCAACCUCAACCCAGGCGCACAACCAGUGGUCAUAUUCCGGUUCUAGCUCCGACUCCAGUUCUGACCUCAGCUACAGCUCCAGUUCUGGCUCCACUGCCAGUUCCGGCCACUCAACGAGCCCAACCUCUAGCACAGACUACGCAACUUCUUCGACGGGUGUAUAUGGAGGUGCUGAGUCAACUGGCUCAACGACUGCUACCGGAUCCGCGCCAACCACAAGUGAAACAAACGCAUCGGGGGAUCCGACAAUCGAUCCCGAGACAUCUAAAAUUGUGGGCGGUGUAGUAGGAUCAGUUGCCGGCCUCGCUCUCAUUCUUUUCCUUCUAUUCUACUACCUCCGCCGCCGAGGAUUCUUUAUGGGCAAAAUAGGACGUCCCACUAUGUUAGGUGACGCGGCAGCAGGAGCAGGGGCCGGGCCUCGAGAUGUUGCCGAACGGCGCGAAAGCAACGACCCCCUCUUCACAGCCUCAUACUUCGCCCCCGCAUUCAUGAAGAAAUGGCGCCAGUCAACGGCAACAACGCGCUCCGGUAGCACCGUCAACUCUGUCCCCAGCGAACGCGGAUUCCAAAAGAUUUCCGGCAGAAAGCUCCCUCCCGUCUUCACGCACGGUGGCGACGGCUAUGGCGGUGGACUAGACGGCGAUUCCCCCACUAUCCCAGGCUUUACUCCCACGUCUUCAGCAACGGGACCAAUGGGAUCACCCUCCUAUGCUCCGCCCCCAACCUCACAAUAUGGCGGCAUGCCCCUAGACUCAAAAUACACCCGCGAGGUCGAAGAACACACCCCACCCUUACGCUCCAACCCCGUGCAUCUCCCUAUCUCCAGUUCGGUCAACGUUUCUACCCCGAUCACUAUCACACCUGCCCAUCCCGUUGCGCAACCCCAGAGCGCAGUCCCUUUCGCGCCCCGACCGGAUGCGCUCGGCCGCAGUCUGCAUAGUUUCGACGGGAGUCGAAGCAGCCGCUUCACUGAGGUUAUUGAUCCGUAA